UGCUCGACUGUAUUUACUUGACAACAAAAUGGCUGACCAAGAGGUUCAGGAAAAUAACUCUGCGACUACAGAGGAGGCCCCUGCACCAGCAGAGGGUGAGGUCCCUCCAGCCACAGAUGACAAACCGGGAGAAGAGACGGAACAGGCUCCCACUGAUGAGACCCCGGCUGACCAACCUGCAGAAGAACAGCCACCACAGGAGGAACAAAAGCCUGAGGGUGAGGGAGAGUCUCCACCCACAGAAGAAGCCCCACAGUCCGAUGCCAUCCCUGCAGGAGGCGAGGAGGGUGAGGUUGCCCCCACAGAAGCCGAAGCAGGACAGAAGGAGGGGGAGGAGCCAGCUGCUGAUGGGGAGGCACCUCCAGCAGAUGGGGAACAGAAGCCAGAGGGGGAAACCUCCACUGAGGAGGCUGCUGAAGGGGAUACUGCUGAUGGAGGAGAGACUGCCCCAGGUGGUGAAGGUGAAGAAGGUGGAGCAGCCGAGGGGACCCCAACAGAGGGGGCAGGAGAGGAGGGUGGAGAGCAGGCUCCUGUUGUCGAGGGGGAGGAACAGAAAGCUGAGGGGGAGGAGGGGGCAGAGCUGCCAGCAGAGGAAUCCAAGUCACCAGUCCCGCAGAGUGAUACAUUUGCUGAGGGUGAACGAGCUGAAAGUCCAGUGCCUGUGGGUGUUGGGGAGAAAUUGUCUCGUGAGGGAAGCCCAGUGGAGCAAGAACAGGUGCCUUUGCCCGAGGUGUUAGAGCCUGGCACCCCAGAGAGGGGGAGCCCAGAUGGGGACAGGGGCCAGAUGACCACCUUUGAGGAGGAAGAGGAAGAAGAUGAGGAAGAUGAUGAGGAUGAUGAAGAAGAGGAGGAGGAACAGCCAGAGUUUGACAGGGAGGAGCUUAUUGAGAGAUACCAUCAAGCAAUUGUUGAGCGUGAACAGCUACAACAGAAGAACUACCAGCUUCAACACAAGCUGGCAGAAUAUUUCCGCAAGAAGAAGGCUGAUGAGAGUCGACAGGAAUAUGACAAGAACGUCACUGACCAGGAGCAGCGCUACCUUAAAUACAUGGCUAGCCUGGAAGACCUGCGUCGUCAGGACAUGCAGGAACGCGAAAACUACAAGCUCCAGAUCCAUGACCUGAAGGCUCGUUGUGAGGAUCGCAAGGAACGUGUGGAUGACGAGCGAAGGAAAUUCAUGGACUUUAAGAAACAGGUCGCACUCAAUGCUCUUAACAGCCGUUCAGGAAGACCUAUACCUCCAAAGGACAUUGAGGCAUACCUGGCAGCAGAAGAUCGCAAGGAAGGGGAGGUAAUCAAUGUACGCCUGGAGAACAUUAAACUGAAGAACAAACUCAAGAAGAAGGAACACCAGCUCAAGUCUAAGGAGGAGCUUGCCGAGGGUUUACAUCUUAUUGACUUUGAGCAGCUCAAGAUUGAGAACCAGACGUACAAUGAGAAGAUUGAGGAGAGAAAUGAGGAGUUGUUGAAGCUUCGUAAAAAGAUCACAAGCACAGUGCAGGUGUUGACUCACCUCAAGGAGAAACUCCAGUAUGUGCAGGCAGAGAACCAGAUUCAGAAGCGCAACCUCCGGGAGGUUGAGUCGGAGGUUGGACAGAAAAGAGAUAUUUUAUCAAGAACCAAGCAAGCAAGAGAUGCCCUCAGAAUAGAUAACCAAAGACUUAAACAAAACUGUGGCCUUCUUGGCAAUGAAUCUUUAUUACGAGACUUUGAAGAGCGUAAAGAUGAAGGUGAUGACCUGCGUGAUAAACUAGAUCAACUUAAACUUCAGCAUGCGGAACUGACGCUGAACUGUAAUCAAGUGCGAAGGAAGAUAGAGCAGGCCCGGACUGGCCGAGCGUAGGAUGAACUUGUCUGUGAAUUUGUUAAACUAGCUGUUUGAGUGGGUCCUCGUCAGAAGCAUUUCAUGUUUAAUACUUAGGAUUGUAUUGUCAUGAUAGUGUUAAGGAAUAGGAUGGUUUUACACUGAUGAAGCAUGUUGUUACAUACCGUAUUCAUUGUUUAUAUGUCUGUGAUAAAUAAAUGUUACUUACUAUUA